UCUUCCCAAUCAUCCAACACUACGAGCACUGCCACUCCAGAAACUCCCCUCACAACCCUCUUCGCUUGCACCACGAUGGAUUACGAUGACGCCUUGCCCGAGUGGCAGUGCCCGAGCUUUGAUGAGCUGAUGGUGCACGCGUGCGAGAACAUGCCUGUGGAGGCAGCGACGUGGUUCGUGGAGUCCCUGGCCCCAUACCGUGACGCCCUCGCGCAAGGCGAGGGCACCAAGCGCAUCACAAUGAAGGCUGUCAGCGACUUGCUGCGCGCGUUCUUCUUGAUGCUGCCCGUACCCAACUUCCACCACAUCAGCUUCUUCACCAUGCUGCAGCCGGCUUCGUUCCAGGAGAGCAAGGACAUCGCUGCACACGCCUGUGGGCCGUGGUCGCCCAUGGUGUGGCGUGCCGCCACCCUGGUGUGCGGCAUACGUGAGAUGAAGCGCAAGGCCCUCACCAACACCCUGCCGGACGAGGUGCUGGCCGGCCACAGGCAGACGAAGCAGCCCCUCGUGGAGAUGUGGACCAUGCGCCGUGUCCGCGGCAGCGCGGACGGCAAGGAGCACAUGGUGGAGAAGAGCGCCACCGUCGUCGGUGGUCGCUCGUGCCCCGACGACCUUGUGCUUGCAGUGACGUGCGGCACGGCCGUGUACGUGGUUCGCGUGCCCGCGGACGCCACUGCGGACGACGUGGCCGCCGAUCUCACCCGCAUUGUCCAGGCAGAAGAAGAGGAGGCCCAGCAGCCCGGCCAAGGCAAGGAAGCCGCCAACGACGAGCAGCAGCAGCAGCAGCAGCAGCAGCAGCAGCAGCAGCAGCAGCAGCUUGGGUUCUGCCAGCUGACGUAUGUGGUGCGUCCAACCCUGAUGGCGGCGCUGGGCAGCGAUGACACGUGGCACGCCAUCUGGGACGAGGUGCAGGACGCAGACUUUGCCGUCGCCCUGUUCCCUCGCGCGGACAGCGUGGCCCUGUCUCCAGAGAACCCUGUGCACGGCGCAAUGGAGUUCAUUCGCUCAGGCAGUGAAGGCGGUGCUGUUGGCGACAAGCACACGCUGUGUGUGCUCCGCGACGCCACUGCUGCAUUUGCCUUUGACCAUGUGUUUAUGGACGGAACACCGGCCAUCUUUUUCGCAUCGCACGUGUACCAGUACGCAGACACGCUCGCGUCCUCCCUUUCCUCCUCAUCGCCAUCGACGUUGACGGCGCCGACGACGGCAGGGGACCUGCACCGCAUCGCGCCACCGGCAGGCACGCGCUUUGACGACUGGAGCGAUGAGGUGCGCAGCGCUAUGCAGGCGGGCAUGGCACUCGCCUUGGACCGGGUGUCGGCCACGUCGGCGGUGGGCACGCGGCAUAUCGUGUCCGACGCCUUUGGGCGGGAUGCAGCGCGGGCAAAGGGCCUCUCUGUCGACGCGCUGUUCCAGGCGACGCUGCAGCUUGCACUUGCCGACCUGGCUAUCCCCGAUCUCAAUGGGGUGGCGGAGGUGGUGAGCACGCGGCACUUCCGCAACGGCCGUAACAUCGUCAUCACCGCCAACUCUGCUCUCAUGGACGCAUUUGUGGUCGCAGCCAGGGACGCCCUGUACGCUGAUGGUGGCGAUGGUGGCGAUGGUGGUGAUGAUGUGAAGGAAAGGCAGGAAGAAGGCGACAGCAAUGACGACAGCAGCGGCAACAGCGAUGCUGCUGGAGAGGAGAGGAAGCAGCAGCAGCAGCUCACAAAGGCUGCCCUGCUGCUUCGCGGCGCCGCGCGUGUGCACAAGGAGCGAAUCAAGACACACAAGCGGCGCCCGCCCGUCCUCAUGAACUACCUCAUGGGCUUUGGCGAGCAGGCACAACGCGAGCAGGACGCCACCUCCACCACAACUGCGGAGCCGUUUGACCUGAUGCAGUGCUGCCACAACCACUUCAUGCGCAUCAUGAUGGGUGCGCGCCCGCCCGCCUCUCGCUGCGUGCUGGGCGACAGCGUGGCCACCACCAACGGGUCCGACAUGCCCGGCGUCGCUGUGUUUGGCGUCUCGCCCUCGGCACGCCUCGUCCUGGGUUACAUCAUGCGCGAUGAUUGCGUUGUGAUUGACGCCAUCUCCAACAAUGCGCAUCUGAAGACGCCACGUGGUGUCGCCCUGCUCGACGCGUUCCCGCGCGCAUUCCACCGCGCUGCCCGCGCCGUCGCCGACCUGCUUAAGCUGCUGUAGGCGGUUGCUCUGGUUGCUUGCCUACUUGUUUGUUUGUAUGUGUGUGUGUGUGUGUGUGUUCGUGUGUGUGUGUCUGUCUGUUUACUUGCUUGGUGCCCUUGUUUGUUUCACUAGUUUGCUUGCUUCACUUGUAGCUGUGUUUAUGUAUGUCUGUACGUGGUUACAUCAUGUGCAUAUAUGUGCACGUGUUUGCUCGCUCACAUCGUUGCCUGUCAAGUCCCCCCCCCCUUCAUGCAUAGAUGUUUCUUCUUUUCGUUCCACCACUGUUGUGUGUCUGUGAUGGACAUUGUCACAUCAUGGCACCUGUAUCUGGCUUGGUUGUAUUACAAAUCACAUCAGCCCUGUUAUUUGCUUGAGCAAGGCCAGUGGCGUGGCUAACACCUGACCAUUAGCGCACGGCAUGCUCGGACAAAGGCAAUAAAUGGACGCUCUAA